AGGAGUCACACCCCAUGGGAUUAUACAGUAAAUAAUCCUGGCAUAAAAGAGAAAGAAUGAUGGCUUCAUUCCAGCGCUCCAAUAGUCAUGACAAAGUUAGGAGAAUAGUUGCAGAGGAGGGUCGUACAGCAAGAAACCUAAUAGCAUGGAGUGUCCCACUAGAAAGCAAAGAUGAUGAUGGAAAACCUAAAUGUCAAACUGGUGGAAAAUCUAAGAGGAUAAUUCAAGGCACUCAUAAAAGUACUAAACAGAACACUGCAGUAGACUGUAAAAUAACAUCAUCUACCACAGGAGAUAAGCACUUUGAUAAAAGUCCCACUAAAACAAGACAUCCUCGGAAAAUUGACCUAAGAGCUCGAUACUGGGCAUUUCUUUUUGACAAUCUUCGCCGGGCAGUAGAUGAAAUCUAUGUAACUUGUGAAUCAGACCAGAGUGUGGUGGAAUGUAAG